ACCCAAGCCUCCAAGCUCCAAUGUAGCUAUGCCCCUGUUCUAACUUAUCAAACAUCUAAUUCAUCUUUAACCUGAAACAUUAAUUACAAAAUAAGUCCUAUAGUUGAAUUUGGCCAAAACAACUAUUCAUAUACCAUCUUUCUCGUUGACUGAGUGUUCUCAAAAGAGAACUACAUGAUAUUAUAAUAACAAUAAAAAACAACUAAAAGACCCCAUCGUCAGUCGUCACUAGUGGAGCUCGAGCUGUUCUCGCUUGCAAGAUCAAAUCAAAAACCCACCCAAAGAUUUCAGUUCUUCUGCACAGUCGUCUCUCUGAAUCACAACCAUUCUCUGUGGGGAAAAAAACCCAGAAAAAAAAAAUGCAUUCAAAUCACUUGCUGCUGGAGGAGCCAAUCCGGAUGGCCUCCAUAUUGGAGCCAUCCAAAGCGAAUUUUUUCCCGGCCAUGACGAAGAUCGUCGGGACUUUGGGCCCACGCUCCCGUUCGCCGGAAGUUAUUUCCGCUUGCCUUGGGGCCGGGAUGUCUGUUGCAAGAUUUGAUAAAUUCACUCUCUUUCUNUCAUGGGGCAAUGCUGAAUAUCAUCAGGAGACUCUGGAAAAUCUGAAGGCUGCCAUCAAGGGCUCUAAGAAACUGUGUGCUGUUAUGUUGGAUACUGUGGGCCCUGAGUUGCAAGUUGUCAAUAAAAGUGGAGAAGCUAUAACACUUAAGGCAGAUGACAAUGUUAUUCUAACUCCUGAUCAAGGUCAAGAAGCUUCGUCUGAGAUUUUGCCUAUCAACUUUGCUGGACUGGCCAAGGCUGUGAAGAAGGGAGACACCAUUUUUAUUGGCCAGUACCUAUUUACAGGAAGUGAAACCACUUCUGUGUGGCUCGAGGUAAAUGAAGUGAAAGGCAAUGAUGUGGUUUGCAUUACCAAGAAUUCUGCAACAUUGUCUGGAUCAUUAUUCACAUUGCAUGCUUCUCAAGUUCGUAUCGAGCUGCCAACUUUAUCUGAAAAGGAUAAACAGGUUAUCAGCUCAUGGGGUGUUAAAAACAAAAUCGAUUUUUUGUCAUUGUCUUAUACACGUCAUGCAGAGGAUGUUCGACAGACCCGUGAUUUUCUAUCCAAGCUUGGUGAUCUUAGUCAGACACAAAUUUUUGCUAAAAUUGAAAACGUAGAGGGUUUAACCCAUUUUGACGAGAUUCUGCAGGAGGCCGAUGGAAUCAUCCUUUCUCGUGGGAAUCUUGGAAUAGAUCUUCCACCUGAGAAGGUGUUUUUAUUUCAGAAAUCCGCCGUUUACAAAUGCAACAUGGCUGGAAAGCCAGCAGUUGUGACUCGUGUUGUCGAUAGUAUGACCGACAAUCUAAGGCCCACUCGUGCAGAGGCAACUGAUGUGGCCAAUGCCGUUUUGGAUGGAUGUGACACGAUUCUUCUUGGGGCCGAGACCUUACGUGGGCUAUACCCUGUUGAAACUAUUUCUACAGUGGGCAAAAUUUGUGCUGAGGCCGAGAAGGUUUUCAAUCAAGAUCAAUACUUUAAAAGGACCGUAAAAUUUGUGGGCGAGCCCAUGACUCAUCUUGAAUCUAUUGCAUCUUCAGCUGUCAGAGCUGCCCUUAAAGUGAAGGCUUCGGUUAUCAUAUGUUUCACCUCAUCCGGAAGGGCUGCCAGAUUGAUAGCCAAGUAUAGACCAACAAUGCCUGUUUUAUCUGUCGUCAUCCCUCGGCUGAAGACAAAUCAAUUGACGUGGAGUUUCAGUGGUGCAUUCGAGGCGAGGCAAUCUCUCAUAGUACGAGGUCUUUUCCCUUUGCUCGCUGAUCCUCGUCAUUCGGCUACAAACAAAACAAACGAUUCAGUUCUAAAAGUGGCACUCGACCAUGGGAAAGCCUCGGGAGUGAUUAAGUCACACGACCGAGUUGUGGUUUGCCAGAAAAUUGGAGAUGCAUCGGUAGUGAAGAUUAUCGAGCUUGAAGAUUGAAUUUGAAAAUGCCUCGACUGUCAGAUCGAGUGUCCUGUUUUGAUUUUUGCUUGACGAUCAUAAUGCCGAUUGCCAUAGAAUUGAAUGGUGAUUCUUUUUUAUGGAAAUUUAUUUCCAUAAUUCAACACUUGAAAAGAAUAAGAUUUUUGGGCUAGAUUACUGAUGGAAACAGGGGAUGAUUAUGAUUAUGAUUAUGAUUAUGAUUAUGAUUAAUGUUAGUGCCCUUCUGAUUCUGGCUAAGGAUCAAACGUGGCAAAAAUUGUUGUAAUUUUGAUAUUUAUGGAAAUAAUGAAAUAUGGUGAUUGUACAUGUCACCAUUGAGGAUUGACGACCAAAAUUUAAGAGAUACAGAAAGAUCGUCUCAGAACUUGGUAUAACUUUUGG